CAGACAGACAUGGCAGAAGUCGCACCAGCACCCGCAGCCGCAGUGCCGGCCAAGGCACCCAAGAAGAAGGCAGCAGCCAAGCCCAAGAAAGCGGGACCCAGCGUAGGAGAGCUCAUCGUCAAGGCUGUGACCGCCUCCAAGGAGAGGAGCGGCGUGUCCCUGGCCGCGCUCAAGAAGACGCUGGCGGCAGGCGGCUACGACGUGGAGAAGAACAACUCCCGCGUCAAGAUCGCAGUCAAGAGCCUCGUCACCAAGGGCACCCUGGUCCAGACCAAGGGCACCGGUGCAUCCGGCUCCUUCAAGCUCAACAAGAAAGCCGUCGAGGCGAAGAAGCCCGCCAAGAAAGCCGCAGUCCCCAAAGUAAAGAAGGUGGCCGCCAAGAAGCCCGCCGCGGCGAAGAAGCCCAAGAAGGUAGCAGCCAAGAAGGCCGUCGCCGCAAAGAAGUCCCCCAAGAAGGCCAAGAAGCCCGCUACACCCAAAAAGGCGGCCAAGAGCCCCAAGAAGGUGAAGAAGCCCGCCGCAGCGGCCAAGAAGGCGGCCAAGAGCCCCAAGAAGGCUACAAAGGCAGCCAAGCCCAAAGCCGCCAAGCCCAAGGCAGCCAAGGCCAAGAAGGCAGCCCCCAAGAAGAAGUAA